AUGAGCUUAAAUUGUCUAACUUGUCAACCUUUGACGAGGACGGACUCAGAUAGAGAGUAUGAGAAAAUUCCAAAGCUGAUGAAAAAGAAUUCUCAACGAGUAAAUAGUAGUGCGCCAAUUGCUUUCAAUUCGGAUGGUGGCCAGCCAAAGUUGGUAAGGAGCUCUGGAAUGAGAAGAGAUUGGAGUUUUGAGAAUUUGAGAGUAAAUGGUGAGAAUUACCUAUUAGAAUCGUUAUCAUGGAUAAUUCUCUAG